CCCACGUGCUGGAAAGAAGAGUUGGGAUAGGGGGUUGGGGUAGACGUGGCGGCUGAUUUAUAGCCUAUGUGCGGAAUAUGUGAUGUGCAUCUUGCAGCUGUAGGGGCCAUUUACCACUAACAACACUAACAACCCACCCACUAUCAUCACUAACAACCCACUAACAUCACCACUAAACCCACCAACUAACUCCCAUCACCGAAUCCACCGAAUCCACCGAAUCACAACGUCCCACAUCUCACCCAGCCCACUCCCAGCCCAGGCACGACCAGUGUCUGAUUCGAGAAAGGUAACAGAAACCAGACCUCUGACCACUUAUUUAUUCUUCAAUUGCCCCAUUCCCGAUACAACGAAUAAUCCCCACCGAUUCGUCGGCUGGGAAAAAAAACCGCGAAACUGGCGACGGGAGGGACUGUCCCUCCUCUAUCAGCGCGCACCUACACCGAGAAGAACAACAGCGGAAACAGGAACGAGAACCAGAGUCACAGACAGAGCAGCAAGGAGGGACAAUCUGAUGCGUACGAGCUCACCGAUUUCAAUAACCCCCCAAACCACACCACCGACGACUUCGAGGCCCGGGAGGCGAGACGGCUUGCCAAGAGGGUCGAGAAGCUCGCGAGGCGGGAGGAGGAGUUCGAGAUGAAGUUCUCGCAUAGUAUACAGUUCAAUGCGGUGCCGGAUUGGAGUAGCCAUUACAUCGCAUACAGCAAUCUCAAGAAAUUAAUAUACCAGCUCGAGAAAACCCAAAACCGCCAAAAUGCCCCAACCACCGACGCCGAGGCGUCUCCCGUCCUCGCCAGCAACGUCGAACCCGACCAGAUCUUCACGCGCGCCCUGGACGUCGAGCUCGAGAAGAUCAGCAGCUUCUACCAGAUCAAGGAGCUCGAGAUCUUCAGCGAGAUCUCCGAGCUGCUCGCGCAGCAGGAGGAAUACGAUGCCGAGAUACAGGAGAGCGGCAUGGAAGGUUCGUCGGACGUGCAUGACGGACGCGGGAGACGGCCAGGCAGCUUUUACAGGGGAAACACGGCAAGGCAUCCGAGGCCGACGAGUACGACGACGAGGUCGAUGACGGAUGAUGUAGAUGAUAGCGAUGAUGAUGAUGAUGAAGAGACAGCGCUGAAUAGGCGGAAGCCGGAGGUUAGAAGGUCGAUGACGGCGCCGUCUGAUGCGGACGGGUCGCAUGGGGGAGAGGAGAUGUGGAAUUCCACCGCGGAGUUGAACCGGCGGAGCAGCGUUGCCGCAUACGACGACUACGCCGACGAGGCAUUCUCGCUGUACUACUCGUCCGGCAUCUCGCUGAAGAAGAACACCGUCAGCCUGUACGUGCAGCUAUGCGAGCUCAAAUCCUUCAUCCAGCUCAACCAGACUGGUUUCCGCAAAGUCCUCAAGAAAUACGAUAAAAUCCUCGACCGCAACCUCCGAGAGAAAUACAUGAGCCGGACCGUCGCCCCCUCAUACGUCUUCCGCCCCUCAACCAUCAAGCACGUAGAGGAGAACAUCGGCCGCAUGGAGAAUAUCUACGCCGACGUCGUCACCGGCGGCGACCUCACCCUCGCCAAGAAGGAACUCCGUCUCCAUCUCCGCGAACACGUCGUCUGGGAACGCAACACCGUCUGGCGCGAAAUGAUCGGCAUCGAGCGCAAAGCCCAAGCCGCGAACAUGGGAAUCCGCCGCACCCUCCUCGGCGCCGACACCGACCCCAGCCACGCGCGCCUCCAGGGCGACGACGAAGGCCUCGUGGAUUUAAAGGGGAUCAACACACCUGUGGGACGCAUGUACUACCCCGCCUGGCUCUUCAGCAGCACCAUGCUCGUCCUCCUCCUCCUCAUCACCCUCUUCAUCCUCCUCCUCUUCAUCCCCAUCAUGUCCGUCCCCGAGCAGCAAAACUGCCUCGCCAUGCUCGUCUUCGUCAGCCUCCUCUGGGCCACGGAAGUCAUCCCCCUCUUCGUCACCUCCCUCCUCAUCCCCUUCCUCUGCGUCCUCCUCCGCGUCGUCCGCUCAGACGACGCGCCACACCACCGCCUCGGCGCUAAACCUGCCGCGGCGUACAUCUUCGCCGCUAUGUGGACACCGGUUAUCAUGCUCCUCCUCGGCGGCUUCACCAUCGCGGCGGCGUUGUCGAAAUACGACAUCGCUAAACGCAUCGCCACGCUCGUGCUGUCCAAAGCGGGAACCCGCCCGCGCACAGUGCUGGUCACUAAUAUGUUCGUCGCAGCCUUCGCGAGCAUGUGGAUCUCCAACGUCGCCGCCCCCGUCCUGUGCUUCUCCAUCAUCCAGCCUAUGCUGCGCAACCUCCCCUCCGACUCAAACAUGUCCAAAGCCCUCAUCCUGGGCAUCGCACUCGCCUCAAACAUAGGCGGAAUGCUCUCCCCCAUCGCCUCGCCGCAGAAUAUCAUCGCCCUCGCUAUCAUGUCGCCCCAGCCGUCUUGGGCGAUAUGGUUCUUCAUCGCCAUCCCCGUCGGCGUCAUCUCUAUCCUGAUCAUCUGGGUCCUGCUCCUCGCGAGUUUUAAGCCGGGGAAGGGCACGACUAUCGUCCCUGUAAGGCCGGUGAAAGACCCGUUUUCGGGGAUCCAGUGGUUCAUUUCGUUGGUUACGCUGGCGAUUAUUGUGUUGUGGUGUGUCAGUCACCAGUUGGAGCAUGUAUUAGGCGACAUGGGAGUGGUAGCCAUCAUCCCCCUCGUCCUCUUCUUCGGCACCGGCAUCCUCACAAAAGAAGACUUCAACAACUUCCUCUGGACCAUCAUCAUCCUCGCCGCCGGGGGUCUCGCCCUCGGCAAAGCAGUUAACUCCUCCGGCCUCCUUUACACCAUCGCUGCAUCCAUCACCGACGCUGUCGAAGGGCUGAGUCUGUACUCUGUACUCGUGGUGUUCGCGUCUUUGAUCCUGGUGGUCGCGACGUUUAUUAGUCACACGGUGGCGGCGCUGAUUAUCCUCCCGCUGGUCCAUAGUGUGGGGGUGGGGAUGGAGAAUCCGCAUCCGAAUUUGUUGGUUAUGGGGGGGACGUUGAUGUGUAGUGCUGCAAUGGGGUUGCCGACUAGUGGGUUUCCGAAUAUGACGGCGAUAAUGAUGGAAGACUCACAAACGGGGCAACGCUACCUGCAGGUAAAACACUUCAUCAGCCGCGGCGUCCCAUCCUCUGUCCUUACCUUACUCGUCGUCAUCACUGUCGGGUACGGGGCUAUGCUCAUUUCGAAUAUUUGAGCCUCGUUUUUACAUAUAUAUUUGUAUUACUGGAACCUCUCAUACCUUACUUUACACUAUUUUCUUUUUGUUUGGAAGUUUUGAGAGGGGAGACUGUGUGAGCGGCAUCUUUUUUUUGGGGGGCGUUGGGGGUUGUGUGGGUAGAUUUGGGGGGGGAAGAUAUAGAGUUAUGCAUACAACUGUAUUCUCGUCCGUGCU